GGCUGGCGAGUUUGGGGAAGCUCACCCUCCCUUGCUUUCCUGAAGGAGCCUGAUCCAUGUUCCUCUGAACUCUCUGAGGAGGGACCUCCAUAGGACCUGCCCUCUGGCCUUGACAGAGCUACUUGGCUUCUCCUCUCCUGGGAGGAGAGUGAGGCAAUGGGUCUGUCCCUGCUGCUGCUGCUGCUGGUAUCUCUGCAGGCUGGCAGCUCAGAAGCAUGCAAUCCAAAAACUGACUUUGGGGUCAAGCAGCCAGAGUCUCUCUCAGCCCCCAAGGGUGGCUCCAUCUGCAUCUCUUUCUCCUACUUCCACUGCUGGGACUUAGCCAUGGAUCCCAGACUGAGUGUAGCCUUGAGAAGGACACAGUUCCAUGGAGAAACCAUCUACAACAGUACCGUGCCUUUUAUCCAUGAGGAUUACAAGAACCGGAUCGCCCUGGACUUGAACGGUCAGAACUCUGGUGCCCUGUGAAUAUUGAACCUUCGGAAAAAAGAUGAGAAUAGGUACUUUUGCCAGGUCCAAGUGAGAACGCUAAGAGAAGGCUGGCAGGUGUGGCAGUCCAUCCCGGGGACCAAACUCACCAUCACUGAUGCUGCCCAGAUGACCACCAAGGGCCCCACCCCCUCUGCCACCACCAAAGCUGAUCUCAAUGUCGAAGAGGACAAUGGGAGUUCGGGAUCUUCACCUCUGAGUGUGGGAGCCACAGUCGGGGUGGCACUGGCUGGCGCUGUGCUCAUAACAGCAAUUUUGGGACUGGUUGUCUUUCUCAGGUGGAAGAGAAGCAAAGGUCUGCAGACUAAAGCCAGAACUGUAGCCGGGGGUUCGGUCCAAAACACUGAGGAGAAGUAUGAGAACAUCGGGAUUACAGGACGACAAACAGAGCUCAAGCUGGACCCCAAGGGUGAAGCCCAGGGUGAUGGUGGCAUUCUCUAUGCCUCCCUCACCUUCUCCAGCUCAUCACCAGCAACCCCUCCCUGCACCCCUCCCAAUGAGAGCCCCCAGGAAACCCUGUACUCUAUCAUAAAGGCCCAGUGAGUGGGACUCAAUGGGGACUCCCUGAGACUAAGCUGCAUAGAGGAUCAUAGCUUCUGGUAAUAACCUGGGCCAGACACAGACAGCUCAGAAGCCAGUGGGUAUGGAAAGCCACCCAGGAUCAGAGAGAAACAGAGCCAUCUGCUUCCAUUCCCUCUUCAACUUCCCAGCCUUUGCCCACAAAAAUAAAAGUACCAGUAGAAUUUGCCUGAAGGCACCCAAGGAGAAA